AAUUCACUUUUAACCUUUUAACAGCAGUGAAACUGUCCUAGAGAGGGUGCACUUGAUUCUAACUUUGCUUUCAAUAUGACGGCUGUCAAUGUCACCCUGGUUCGUGACACCAAGUGGCUGACUUUAGAAGUCUGCAGAGAAUUUCAGAGAGGAACCUGCUCUCGAGCUGAUGCAGAUUGCAAGUUUGCCCAUCCGCCAAGAGUCUGCCACGUGGAAAAUGGCCGUGUGGUGGCGUGUUUUGAUUCUUUAAAGGGUCGGUGCGCUAGAGAGAACUGCAAGUACCUUCACCCUCCUCCACACUUAAAAACUCAGCUGGAAAUUAAUGGACGCAACAAUCUGAUCCAACAAAAGACUGCCGCAGCCAUGUUUGCCCAGCAAAUGCAGUUUAUGCUCCAGAAUGCUCACAUGUCAUCGCUUAGUUCUUUUCCUAUGAAUCCGUCACUUGCAGCUAAUCCUGCAAUGGCUUUCAAUCCUUACUUACCUCAUCCUGGGAUGGGCCUGGUUCCUGCUGAACUUGUACCGAAUGCACCUGUUCUGAUUUCUGGAAACCCGCCUCUCGCAUUGCCAGCAGCUGCUGGUCCCAAGCUGAUGCGUUCGGAUAAACUGGAGGUUUGCCGCGAAUUCCAGCGUGGAAAUUGUACCCGUGGUGAGAACGAUUGUCGCUAUGCUCACCCCACGGAUGUUUCCAUGAUUGAGGCAAGUGACAAUACCGUGACGAUCUGUAUGGAUUACAUCAAGGGGCGAUGCACCCGGGAGAAAUGCAGGUACUUUCAUCCUCCUGCACACUUGCAAGCCAAACUCAGGGCAGCUCAUCACCAGAUGAACCAUUCAGCUGCCGCCGCUAUGGCCCGCCAGCCUGGUAUGCUUCAACUGAUACCAAAGAGAUCGGCACUUGAAAAGACCAAUGGUGCCACUCCAGUCUUUAACCCCGGCGUUUUCCACUGCCAGCAGGCUCUGGCUAACCUGCAGCUCCCACAGCCGGCAUUUAUCCCUGCAGGGCCAAUACUGUGCAUGGCACCCGCUUCAAGUGUUGUGCCCAUGAUGCACGGCGCAGCUCCCACCACUGUGUCUGCAGCACCAACACCUGCCACCAGCGUCCCCUUCGCUGCAACAGCUACAGGCAAUCAGUUGAAAUUCUGAACAACAGAGUUACGGAGUAUCAAGAUCUCUCCAUGAGAACCUCCAUAUGGCCUUUCCAUAUAUAUUUUCGUAGGUCCUCUUCUACCAAUGCUACGAUGAGUGUGGUGCGGUCAAUAUAUUAAACCAAACGCAUAUACCAACCAACAGAUUCAAACAAAACCAAUAAAGCAUUAAGCAGUCAGUGGAGAUGUUAAAACAAAACAUACAUCGAAAAUUAAUAACUAACAUUUAUCUUAUUUGAAUUAGUAGGUAGAACACGACCGUAAAGUUUUGUAGUUUGUUACAUUAUUCUUUGUGAUUUUCCAAUAACCAUUAUGCUGAGUGAAUCUCCACAGUGGACUGUUGGCUUACUGUGCAUUCUUGGUGGGUAAAUGUUCAUCUGUUUCAAAGUGUUACCUUACUGUUUUGUUUACACAAUAGUCUAUUGGGUUGAUUUAGAAUGUAACAAAUGUAUCCAGUACCAUUUUCCUCACUAUUGUAUUGUAUUGUGGUGUGGUGUGUUGUGUUAGAUUUUGACAUACUAUAGUGUUUUCCUCUAGAUGUGUGGUGUUUGAUUUCAACUAGAAUAUUAGUAAUGGGAAACAGAAAUAUCUGUGUUUGAAAAACAUAACAGAUUAAUGUUAACAUGCUUUCUCUCUCUUUAGAACAUUUCUGUAGGUUUCUUGGGGCAGACAUUCAUUAUAAACAUGCAUGUGUAUAAUUUGUACCUGCGGAUCUGACCUUGCAUAAUACAAUCACAUGACUAGGUUUUUUUGAGAGGAGAGAGAAAUAAUUACCUGCAAAAAACAGGGAACUUCUGAAAAUAUGAACCCC